UUUCUACAUACUAGAACUACUUCCUUCAAAUUUUUCAGAAUGAAGUCGGUUUCUUUAUUCGCGAUUGUUUUUCUCCAUCUCUUUGUUAGUAGUAAUAGUUUCCAACUGGAUCUCUUCAACUAUGUGGCGAGUGGAUCAAGCAUACCUGAUUGUUCGAAUGCGUGUGGUCCAUGUAAACCAUGCAAGCUCGUUGUGAUCAUUUCCAAGUGCUCAGCCUCUGAGGCUUGCCCUCUCGUCUACAAAUGCUUGUGCAAAGGCAAAUACUAUCACGUGCCUUCCCUCACCUAACGUGACCACUUUUUUCCCUUUUACGUUUUCAAUGAUCUACUGUGUUGCUUUUCCAAGUUUAUUGACUCCACCUUAGCGUGUGGUUGAUUUGUAAUACCAAAAUUGAAUAAACUGCCAGGAAAAUAUUAUAUUAUUGGUUUGCAAAGCACUCUAAACCCAAUACAAAACUUUGAACAGGAGGUAAAAAAA